CUCUCUUCUCUCCAACCAAACAUGGCCUCUCCACUCUCACUCUUUCUCAUCCUCUUCUUCUUCUUCCUUUCUCCUUCACUGUCUUCCUCCUCAGAGCUUGACAUUCUCCUCGAUAUCAAAUCCUCUCUCGACCCUGAAAAACGUUUCCUCACUUCAUGGACUCCCGACGCCGACCCUUGCUCCUCUGGCUCCUUCGACGGUGUCGCUUGCGACGGAAACCGCCGUGUUGCUAACAUCUCUCUUCAAGGAAUGGGUCUCACCGGAACUAUCCCUCCAUCAAUCGGUCUUCUCACUAGCUUAACCGGUUUAUACCUUCACUUCAACUCCUUGACGGGUCAUAUUCCUAAAGAUAUCUCAAAUCUGCCUCUCCUCACCGAUUUAUACCUCAAUGUCAACAAUCUUUCCGGCGAAAUCCCUCCUCAAAUCGGAAACUUAGACAAUCUACAAGUUAUACAGUUAUGUUACAACAAGUUAAGUGGAAGUAUACCGACACAGUUAGGUUCUCUUAAGAAGAUAACUGUCUUGGCUCUACAAUAUAACCAACUCUCCGGCGCCAUUCCGGCGAGUUUAGGUGAUAUUGGUACGUUGACAAGACUUGAUUUGAGCUUCAACAAUCUCUUUGGUCCUAUUCCGGUGAAACUCGCCGGUGCUCCUUUGCUUGAAGUUCUCGACAUUCGUAAUAACUCUUUCUCAGGCUUCGUUCCCUUUGCUUUGAAGAGGCUAAACAAUGGAUUCCAGUAUUCAAACAAUCACGGUUUAUGCGGAGAUGGGUUCACGGAUUUGAAAGCUUGCACCGGUUUAAACGGUCCGAACCUAAACCGGCCAGACCCAACAAACCCAACGAAUUUCGCAACCGUUGACGUGAAACCAGAAUCAGCAGAUUUACAACGAAGCAAUUGCAGUAACAACAAUGGCGGGUGUUCAUCAAAAACCUCAAAGUCUUCACCUUUAGGAAUCGUCAUGGGGCUUAUGGGUUCAAUCCUCGCAGUUGCAAUCUUUGGUGGUUCAACAUUCACAUGGUACAGACGAAGGAAACAAAAGAUUGGAAGCAGUCUUGAUGCAAUGGACGGUAGGAUUAGCACUGAGUACAACUUCAAAGAAGUUUCUAGAAGAAAAAGCUCUUCUCCAUUGAUCAGCCUAGAGUAUGCAAGUGGUUGGGAUCCGUUAGGACGAGGACAGAGCAGUAACAACAACAGUGCAUUGUCUCAAGAAGUCUUUGAGAGCUUUAUGUUCAAUCUUGAGGAGAUUGAGAGAGCUACUCAAAGCUUCUCUGAGGUUAACUUGUUGGGGAAGAGUAAUGUCUCUUCGGUUUAUAAAGGUAUCCUUAGAGAUGGUUCUGUUGCAGCUGUAAAAUGUAUAGCGAAAUCGAGCUGUAAAUCCGAUGAAUCCGAGUUUCUCAAAGGGUUGAAGAUGCUGACAUUGUUGAAGCAUGAGAAUUUAGUGAGGUUGAGAGGAUUCUGCUGCUCAAAAGGACGUGGAGAAUGUUUCCUUAUCUAUGAGUUUGUCCCCAAUGGUAAUCUUUUGCAGUAUCUUGAUGUGAAGGAUGAGACUGGAGAGGUUCUUGAAUGGACAACUCGAGUUUCCAUCAUUAAUGGCAUCGCCAGAGGGAUUGUUUACCUACAUGGAGAAAAUGGAAACAAGCCUGCAAUAGUUCACCAGAAUCUAUCUGCAGAGAAGAUUCUCAUUGAUCAUUGGUAUAAUCCUUCUCUUGCGGAUUCCGGUCUUCACAAGCUUUUCACGGAUGACAUCGUUUUCUCGAAGCUCAAAGCAAGUGCGGCAAUGGGAUACUUAGCUCCUGAGUACAUAACUACAGGGAGGUUUACUGAUAAGAGUGACGUUUAUGCCUUUGGUAUGAUUCUGUUGCAGAUACUGAGUGGUAAAAGCAAAAUCAGCCAUUUGAUGAUCUUACAAGCUGUAGAGUCAGGAAGACUGAAUGAAGACUUCAUGGAUCCAAAUCUUCGAAAAAACUUCCCGGAAGCAGAAGCGGCUCAGCUCGCUAGACUUGGUCUUCUCUGCACUCAUGAAUCCUCAAACCAGAGACCAUCCAUGGAAGAUGUUAUGCAAGAACUGAACACACUCGCAGCGAAUUAUUAGUUUCCGUUUAACAAGAUUCUUGCUUUUAAUUAUCCAAGAAUUGGCAUACCAAGGUUUCAGACUAUCACCAUUCCCCUGAUGUUAACUCUGUUUUUAGGUUCAGUGUAACAAUCUUAUCUCCUUGUAACUGUAGCUGAUGUACUUAGGCUGUAAAAACAAUCACUUUUCAGAAAUUUAGGUGAUCUUG